UUUUCCGAGAGAAAAGAUAUGAAGUAGUUCAGGGAUUAUUAAACGAUGACGGCAGCUGUUCUCGACAAAAUAGCAAGAAAGUGUCAACAAAUUGAAAGAGCUCAAAGUCAGGGAAAUUGUGGUGAGCGCGAACUUCGUGUGAUAGAUGACUGCUUAAGAAAUGCACAGAGAAUUUCGUAUUUGCUACCUCUUGAGACGUAUGAAGAAUUGAACAGAAAUCUGGAUGAAAUUCGAACAAUGCUGUCAACGCAUUUGCGGAGUGAGGGAACUACAGCUUUUUCCGUUUCUCGAAGGAGUUCAGGACCAAAUGCAACGCUGCUCCAGUUACCUGCACCCCCAGAACUGGCUAACACCGCCAUUAGACAACCACAGAGUCCUGCAUCUUCAGACAUUUCUGGAUGUUCUCGUCCAAUGCUUCACCGUUCACCCACAAGGUCUGAAUCAACAGAAACAUUUAGUCCAGUGUCAGCCAGAUCUAGGCGUUCUCGCACACCUCAGCGUGGAGUUCGAAUGCCAUCACAGUCCGGUAGCAGAAAAGGAUCUAGGGGUUCUCGCACACCUCAGCGUGGAGUUCGAAUGACAUCACAGUCCAGGAGCAGAAGCUUAUUCCCCAUGUCUCAAGCUAAAUACCAGAAGUCAGUGCUUGGAAAGCUAGUUGAACUUCUAGAUGAGAUAAAAAGAGUCGGGAGGCACUAUGAGCCCCUGAAUUCGGCUGUCCAUGUUGCUAGACUAGAAACCUUAGAAGAGUUUGCUCAAGAAGAGGCACGUCUCAAGGACCGCAACCUCUGGGAACAAAGGGUGUCCCAGCUCUCAAAGGUGGGAGGGAGGAACGAUAAAGACUGCGUCCAUAAAGUGAUGGACAGGCUUUUCACCAACAGCCUAAUGGCAUCUUUCAACAUGAAGGGGCGGGGUAGCAGUGAGAAAAAAGCCUUCCAGGAUACCACUUUUUACUCUGUGGUAAAAGCUGCAGUAAUGAAGUGGAGUAAAACUGCCACAGAAGUUGAAAUCAGGGCUGCUAUGGCUGAGACACUUAAACAUGCUCCCGGGAGAGCUGGAGGUGGAGGUCGCAAAGUGUGAACAUUUGAAGGGUACAUUUUCUGAGUUGUUUUGUGUUGACUCUUGGAAUGUGCUUUUGGAAUGUGAAAUCUGUGUUGGUUACUGGUUUAUUGCACUAUUUAAAAAUGUGUUGUUUUAAUAAAGCUAUUCUAAGCUAACUCUAAAGCUUUGUUUCAUUCAUAUGUUAAUCUAAAAUGUUAUUGGCAUAUUAAUGUGUUGGACUUGAGAAUUGUCAAUAGGCAUAGAGUAAACGUUGAAGAUUGACCUGUUUUCAACGUUGAAAAGUCGGGA